AUAGUCAAUGUUGAUACUCCUGAUUUUCCGCCAAAUUCCCUCAAAAAACAUUUUCCGAUCCCGAAAUGUCUGAACCCCAGCUCCCGCCCAAAUCGGAACCCACCUCCGCCGACCCUCUUCUCGACACCGGCGCCUUUAUCGACCCGGCUCCGAAUCACUCUCCCUCCGCCGACAUGACCCAACCUUCGCCGCAGUUCAUGCCGGGAGUCGUGAUAGCGGCGGAACCCAUCUCGUAUUACAUCCCCGGUGAGGCCUCGGCGGAGCCCGCGCCUCGUGCUGCGCGGCGGAGGGAUCCCGAGGAGAGGCCCAGCUGGCUGCCGGAGAACUGGACGAUUGAGUUGAGAAGGCGCAAUUCUGGAGCCACAGCUGGACAGACUGAUCGAUAUUACAUCGAACCAGCGGGGCAACGCAGAUUCCGUUCGAAGGUUGAGGUGCUUCAAUUUCUGGAAACAGGAAGUAGUAAACCAAAGAGAAACGCACCUUCUGAAACUGAGACUAUGCCUUCCAGGACUCCUGCAAGCCAAACACAAAGGAAGUCCAGCACGAAACGGAAGAAAUCCGAGGGCUCUGUUUCUGACAAUACACAACCACCACCACCACAUGUUCGGAACGGCGUCCAGGCAGAUAAUGCCCAACCGUUAUGAAGUGUGCGGAUGGUAAGGCCAAGCGCUGGCAUGAUAGUGUACAUGCACCUCUCUAAGUGAAAGCGCUUGUUUUGUAGUUACCAUAAAUUCAUUAUAGACAUUUUACUUGUUGCUUAUGUAGGAUUCAAACAUUAUUGUGCGUGAGUUCUCUUGUGCAAUGUUAAGAGAAUUCUUUUGUGAGUUUUUGAUAUUAUUUUUGGAAGCCCUCUUAGAAGAUAGAGAGGGUGUGAAGUGGUUUCCUUGUAGAAGUAGGAACCUUUGUAGAAUGCAUUGCUCCAAUUGGUUUAGUGCAUGAGGUUUCUCCA